UUGGUGUGGGGAUCUGGGAGAAAUCCCACCGCCAGGAAGUGAUCUAGACUCAUCCUGAGUCCAGGCUGAGGGUUGUAUGCAGGAGUUCUUGUUUCUGGAAUGGAAGGAGGCGUAGAAGGUUAUCCCAGGAACAGGUACCAGCGUGUGCAGGUGCUUGUUAGUGUGGGAACAGGGCACAGCAUGUCUUCUUUCUCUUAGGAACAAAGAGCAGGGGACUGGAGUUAGUCUUGGAAAUGGCUGCCUGAGAAGUUGGGCAACUAUAAUGGACGUAAUGGGAGAUUGGGAGCGGAGGAGGAAGAUGAUCGUACCCAGGUCCAGACAGGCUCCAUCGGGUUGUAGAGUGGAAAACAGACUUUGGGGGCGAGGGAGGAGGAUGGGUGACCAGGGAAGAGGGUACUGGAAUAGUCCAGGUUGAGUGUUCAUGGGCCAGAGUGGUAGCUGUGGAGGUGGGAGAAGUGGUUGGUAUUCUGGAUGCAUUUUUCAAGAAGGGCUGAUUUUGAGGGUGAGAGAGAGAGAGGAAGGAGUGAGAGAUGACACUAGAGUGUUGGUCUGAGCAGCAAGACGGGUGGAAAUUCUAUCAGCUGAGACUGGAAAAUCCGUGGUAGUGGUUUUCACUGGGGGGGUGGCAGGAGCUCAGAGAACAGACGACUGUGGCAUCGAGUGGGCAGCUGGACACAGGUCUGGAACUCUGGGGUGGGGCUUAGGAUGGAGACACCCAAAGGGGUGGCUAGCAUGCGUACCAGGCCGUGAUGAUACUUAGAAGAUGGAAUUCAGGUCAUGGCAGUGGUGUUAUCAGCAGGUCACAAAGAAGAUUAAGAGUUCUGAGGACUAGCUCUAUUGCUUGGGUACCUGGUUGGGGGUUAGGAGGAUCAUAAAUACAGAUGUAGGAGAGAAGUGGCCACGAAGGGAGUAUGUGGGGAGGAUGGUCUUGGCAGGUGACCAAGACUUCCGAGGGAAGAGCGGACCGGAGACAGAUUUGGAGGCGUCGGAUUAAUUGAGAUAAGAUGGGUUUACUAUGACUUUGUGGUAAGCUUUGGUGGGUUCUGGGGGUUUUGCUGGUGGGUAAUGACUGGGGCAAAUGUGGUCGUCUGUGAGAAUUACUAUGCCUGGUACCAGGAUGGCUGGGCUUUGAAGGAGAGUAGGUGCAAGGACCAUGGUUGUGGCUGCUGAGGGGACAGCAAGUGCAGCACAGAAGUGGGAGAGGGUCACUGGUAUCUGAAAUUCACAUGUGGUGCUAUGUGACUGACGUUGAAGCAAGGACUGGAGACGGGCGGAGAGGCCUUCAAAGCAGCAUCCAGGGCUACCCCUGGUGUUGGGAUUCGUCAGAGGUCUGGGGUGGUACUGGAUCCUAUUUGGAUCUGCCCAGUUCUUUCUGGAUGCCACGUACCAGGUAACCUGGCGCGAGUCGAGAGAGAGAGAUGCAUAUGGUGUGGGGCAGGGAGUUGGUGGUGGCUGUGGGGAUGCAACUGUGGGGUCCGAAGGCGCGAGAGGGGUGCAUGUGGAGAGAGGGAUAUGAAUUGAUGGUCCUGGGCCCUGGUACUGGAAACUUAGGGGUGAUGGGUGACCCCAAAUUUUAUUGUGAGUCAUGAUAACAGAGGACUCCAGGGAAUCGCAUGGCAGGGAGAGAUGCGGUCCUGGAAUCCUUGGGCAUAUUCCCGAGUGUAGAUGGUGUCUCUCUGCCUACCUGCCUGCACUUGUUGAGGGCUGGGCAUUUGGUUAAUAGAACCAUGAAGAAAGAGUAGAACCAGCAGAACCGGGUUUCUCUGCUGAGGUGGGGAGCUUGGGAAGAGGAUGGGCAUGGGGUAGAUGUGUGGGUUUGGAUUGUGGGUCCUCAGGAGGCUGUGGUUCCAUCUGUCCCCAACAUGACAGGACAGUGUGACUUUGGAGGACGUGGCCGUGUAUUCUCCUGGGAGGAAUGGGGUCUCCUUGAUGAGGUUCGGAGACGCCUGUACCACAAUGUGAUGCUGGAGAACUUGGCACUUAUAACCUCCCUGGAUUAUUUUUGUGGGAUAGACAAUGAAGAGGCCCCUUUUGGACCGAAUGUUUCUCUGGGAAGAACACCACCAAGCAGGACUUCGGGGCCAAAUCUAUCCACCCAGAAGCUUCAUCUCUGUGAGAUGUGUGUUCCUGUAAUGAAGGAUAUUUUGUACCUGGCUGAGCUUCAGGGGACACAUACCAGGCAGAAAUCCUACACACGUGUGGCACGUGGGAAACGAUUGUGUUUCAGUGCAGAUCUUCGCCAACACCAGAAUGAGCACGGUGGGAAAAUGCCCGAUAGCAAGGACGUGGACAGGGCUUCCUUUGUGAAGAGCUAUAGAGGCCAUUCAUUAGGGAAGCCUUUCACCUGUGGGGAGGUUGAAAAGGACUUCCUGGCCAGUGUGGCCAGUGCUGUGAGUAUACACAGCAGUACUAAGUGUGAGGAAGCCUUUCGCAGUGGAAAAAGUUCUUACAGAUGUGGCGAAUGUGGAAAAACCUUCUGUCAUAAACGUACCCUUGUUCAGCAUCAGAGAAUUCACACUGGAGAAGGACUGUUUAAGUGCAGUGACUAAGCUGCACUUAAGGGGAAAACCUUCAGCUACAAGCAUACAUUUGUUCAGCAUAAGACAGUCCAUGCUGGAGUAAAGCCUUUUGAGUGCAGUGAAUAUGGAAAGGCCUUCAGGUUUAAGUAUAAACUUGUUCAUCACCACCGUACUCAUGGAGAAAGGCCUUAUGUGUGUAGUGAAUGUGGGAAAGCUUUUGGGUGCAAAUCCAGACUUGUUCAGCACGAGAGAAUUCACACCGGAGCAAGGCCUUAUGAGUGUGCUGAAUGUGGCAAAUUUUUUAGACAAAGCUCCGGCCUUGUUCAACAUCGGAGAAUUCACACUGGAGCAAAGCCUUAUGAAUGUGGCGAAUGUGGAAAGUCCUUUAGCCAAAGCUCUAUCCUCAUCCAGCACCAGAGAGUUCACACUGGAGAAAGGCCAUAUGAGUGCAAUGAAUGUGGGAAAGGCUUUAGACAAAGCUCCAGUUGCAUUCAGCAUCGGAGAGUUCACACGGGAAUAAGGCCUUAUGAAUGUAGUGAAUGUGGGAAAUCCUUUAGCCAAAGCUUCAGCCUUAUUCUGCAUCGGAGAAUUCACACUGGAGAAAGGCCUUAUGAGUGCAACAAAUGUGGAAAAUCCUUUAGCCAAAACUACAGCCUCAUUCAACACCGUAAACUUCACGCUAGAUAAAGGCCUCAGGAGUGCAGCCAGCACAAGAAAGUUCAUUAAACAGUCUGCUCUGAUUUAACACCAAAACUUCAUGACCCACGUUAGUUUUAUGAAUCAGCAAAUGUGGAAAAAUGUUCAGCCAAAGAUCUAAACUCAUUGAGCAUGAGAAAGAAAUUCCACUUAAGAUGGUGGCCUUAAACCUUCAGCGAACGUGCUCUUUGUUCAGCGUAACAACACUAGAGAGCAUCUUUGCAGAGCCAUCUGCUGUGUAUUCCAGUUGUGGGAAGUUUUCAGGAGCUGCAUUUCAUAUUCUGACCUGUGCAGACCUUGCCAGAAUUAUGUCACUGCCAGGUGGUAGUAGAAGUCAUUUUGCCUCUGACACCUGGCAGGUCCUUACGGCACGCAUGUCACCUCAGCAUGCUUAGGGAAGACAGAUGUUUGCACUCUGUCUCCCAUCCUCUAGUGAAAAUCAUAAUCUGAUCCCCUGGGGGUUCUCAUUCGCUUUCUUCUGACUAGUAUGGCAGGGACCUGACCCACUUUUUGCUGAAAGGAUCCAGUCUAGGAACUGCUGAGUUUGUAAAGUUUUACCUUCAUGGUGUUAAUUGGUCUCAUGCAAUAUUUUUUAUAGGUUUUCCAGCCUCCAACUCACUGAUCUGGGACCUGUGUGUCUCACAUUUGCUCUGGUUUGUGCAAUAAUAAAAGUCUUAUUAAGUGACCUUUAA